CCAAGCAAGACCUCGAGGUGUCAAAUUCUCUCUUGAGCAAAGCGCAAUCUGCAGAAGCUAUCUGAUCCUAUAACAUUUUCAUCACUGGAGCCUACAUAUUCUAUUGGCUUCCAUCAAAAACUUGGUUGAUCAAACCAAGCUUCACGUUCAUCCGAUUCAAGAUUACAUCUGGCGAGCGCCCCCAGAUUCCUUGAUCUUGGCCAUCUCGAUAUCGAUCUUCCCCCCACAGUCCAGCUAGUGGGUGCCCGCCCCGCUCGCCAGCAAUCACCAGGUCUGAUUUUGACGACGUCAAUUCAAAAUGCCCGACGGGCAUUCGAAUUCUCCAUCAGUUCACGGCGGAGGGUACAACGACGGGAUCGUCGAUGCUUCUGGUUAUGGCGAACAUGACAACAUGCCGCCCAUCGGUGGCGAAGGCCCUAAUCCCCGAAAACGCGCUCGUAAGGAGGCCAGUAAACCUGAAGAUGGCGGCGACAAGAAGCGAGGGAGAGGUCGGCCGCGGCUAAACGCCAACGACGAGACGGCUGCCGAGCGCCGAAGGACCCAAAUACGUCUCGCGCAGCGUGCCUACCGUAACCGCAAGGAAACGACAAUCUCAUCCCUGGAGCAGCAGGUCCGUGAUCUCGUGGAUACCAACGACGAGAUGAGCAAUGCUUUCGCAGCCUUGCAGAAGUUUGCUGCCUCUAGGGGCUUGUUCGAGCAGGUCCCUGAACUCGGCGCUCAAUUGCAGUCCGCCGCGGAGAAAUUCCAGGCCCUUAGCCAGAAGUCCUCCAAUCCCGGGCACCACGAUGACGGUUCUAGGGGUCGGCCGGGAAGCGGUUCCAGCUCUCCAGAUGCCUUGUUUGCCAGUCCUCAGCAGCCUGCAUCUCGAAAAGACGAGUACACAUAUAGCGGUACGGAUGUUGUGCGCGACGCCAUCACGCAACAUGGUCUCGCCACACCCCUCCCGUACCGUUCUUCCCCAGAGAGGCACAGUCCUGGCAUGCAACGGCGACAACAGACCGUCACUGCGCCUGAAAAUCCUGUCGACGCCUCCGGGUUGGAGGUCAUCACUCAGCCGACUUAUGAAAAUGCCAGCUUUCCCGUCCAAUUCACCGACGACGAACUCAACGCCCUACUCGCGCACAAUCCCUCCCCGUUGGGAACCGCGCCAUCUCCACCGCGAACUUAUUCUCCUGCAGAAAACACCUUUGGCCGUCGCCUGCAGCGCUUCGCUCUUGAGUGCGGGUUGAAGUUGAUAUCGCUGCCCAACCCGCCACCCCUCCCACUGGUUCGCGUAUUUGGUUUCUGUCUUCCUUUCGAAUCGCCAGACAUGAUACGUGACCGCCUACAGCGGUCACUCCUGCGACAGGACAGGGAAAGCCUAAACUUUUGGGAGUUUCCCUUUCACAACCUCGGUGGAGCGGGAACCCACUUCCAGCCAAUGCCUGGGACAUUGGUAGGCAACCAAGGGACCGUCGAUUUGAUGCGAAACAGUAUUGGCGGUGGGUUCCCAAUUGGUCCGCCUACAGUGACUGUUGCCGAGAGUGGGCAGAGGCUGGAUAAAAAACAGAGGAUCUCGGUUCCGGGCUAUGAGGGGGAUUUCUAUGAUGCCGAGGAGGUCGAGAUUUAUCUCCGUCAAAAGGGGGUGCACAUCUUGCCUAGGCAGGAUGUUAUCACUGCCGAGAUUGACUUUUCAGUGUUUGAGGACAAGAAAUCAACGACUCAGCAGCCACAGCCUCGACAGCAGCCACCGCAGCAGCAAUAUCAACAGCCACAGCAACAAUAUCAACAGCCUCAAGCAGCUUAUGGUCUGCCACAACCAUCUGCCGGUAUAUAUCCAGGAGUCUUUAUGGGAAUGCCAGAGCUUCCCAACAUGGGCCACUUCUUACCGACACAUUCUGUCGUGGAAGAACACGUACAGGGUCUUCCAGUGCUGGCUCAACAAUCUCCUGUGCUAGUUGGGCACAUGAAUCCUGGCAUGGUUGUUAGUCCGACUGGCAGCCACGAAACCGUCAGUGGCAGUACCGGUUACAUACUGCCUGACCAGUAUCCGACGCCCGCGAACAUGAGAGCGCCCAUUUCCUACACGACAGCAACAUACCAAGACCCGAACGUCCCCCCUUUUACGGCUCAGAUGCCUCAAUUCCAUACGAGUCGACCAUCAAGGACGAUGAUUAGCUUGGAUGUCAAUAUGUUUAUCAAGAAACUGACAGAGACAACCACUUGUCUUGGCAGAUCGCCCGGCUUUAGGCUGGAAAACGUACACAAGGCGUUUAUGGCCGCCAUCAUGAGAUGAGGUUUUGAAUUAUGUUGACGAAAUCAUGUAUGAAAUGAACAAAAGAGCAUUAUACCCGAUAUAUACAUGUCUAUUUAAUGAUUUAGUAUAAGAUUAAAGCUCAGGCUUAUGGCCGUCUACUCAAUGAGCUCUUUACCACGUUCAAUGACAUGGUCAGAAUGUGCCAUCCCA